CCCUUUUCGCUUGAUCUCGAGCCUUUCUUGUCACAUUGCGCUUGCUGUGGAACCUUGGCGGCCAUGAUCAACACGCGGAAGCUCGUCAAGGAGGGUGCAGCCACGGACUUGGAAGAAGAGGUGUCCAAGGCCCUCUUCGACAUUGAAGUCUCACCUUCCUGCGACUUCAAGGCAGAGAUGAAGGAGCUCGUCAUCACCGGCGUCACGGAGCUGGAGCACGCCAUGAUUUUGCACGUGCCCUUCCGAUCCUGGAAGGCGGCAAAACCGAUCCAGUCCAAGCUGAUCAAGGAGCUCGAGAAGAAGUUCAGCCGCCAGCACGUGGUCUUGGUGGCCAACCGCACCAUCUUGGACCAGAGCUUCCGCCGGAAGGGGCUGAAUGUUCGGCCCUGGAGUCGGACAUUGACGGCGGUGCAUGAGGCGAUGUUGGAGGAUCUCGCCGGAACUGAGAUCGUGGGCAAGCGGACCCAUGUGGGCGUGGAUGGCAAGAAAGUGCUCAAGGUUCUGCUAAGCCCCAAGGACAAAGACAAGGAGCUCGAGUCGAAGCUGGGCACCCUCUCCGCUGCUUACAAGAAGCUGACCACCAAGGAUGCGGUUUUCACCUUCCUUUAGGUGAAGCCACCCCCCGAUGGGGUGCGCGAUGUUUUGCAUGUUCCCGUUGUGAGUGCGAGGGAAGGCAGGUAUGCGCAUGGAGGGGGGCUUAAACCCAAGUUUCAACCCGCAAGGGCUGGCGAAUGGCAAGGCCCGGGCUGUGGCGUGAGCAGCAAGCAUGCCCAGCAGCAAAGGAGCGCCCGUG